GACAGGGACAGGGACGGGGACGGGGGAAUGGAGCUCCAAGCUCCCUUUUCCCGUUUUCCCAAGUUUUUAUUCCCGGGAACCCACUCUGGGCUCAGCCACCCCAACCGGACCCCCGGGGGGGGGGGUCUCCAGACCCUCGAGAUCCACCGGGAAUGCCGCUUCCAGGCUCCCUUUUCCCAUCUCCCAGAGCCGGGAAUGCCGCUCCAGGCUCCCUUUCCCCUUUUCCCGGCCCGAAUUCCCGCUGGAAGGGAGCACCGGGAGCAGCUGUCGCCUUUUCCCGGCCCGCAUCCAGCGCGCCCCUCCCGGGGGCUCCCGCGCAGCCAAUGGAAUCCCGAAUUCCCGGUUUUCCAUAUUUAUGAGGAAAAGACGAGGCCAAUGAGGCUCCCGGGGUCGGGCCGGGUGGAUAAAUUGGAAUUUUGGGGGCGGCGGAUUCCUCUCGGAGGCUCCGGAGCGGCGCUGCUGCCCCGGGAAUUCCGGGAUUGUUCCCGGAUUCCCAUCCCGAAUCCAGAGCGGACCUCCGGAGCUUCCAGGAAAGUUUUUUCCGUCCUUCCUCCAUGGAUGGAUGAGCCGAGCGGAUUCCAGAUCCUGGGAUUUCCUGAGCCCCGUCCCGCUGCAGGAGAAACCCUGGAGCCUGGGAAAUGGUCGCGGGAUUUGGGACCCAGCGGAUCAACCUCUGAGGGCUCCGGAGCCACGUCCUGACCUUGGAAAACCCAAAAACCACGGAAAAAACCUCCUUGGUUUCACUUUUAUGCCUCUCGCCGCCAUCCUAAAUCCAUCCCCUGGGAAUCAAUCUCCCAGGAAAAUGCCGCAAUUCCCGCCUGGAAUGUGAUGAGGAGGAGGAGGAGGAGAAUCCCCACGGGCCUUGCUGGGAGCCAGGGACGCUCACCCCGACCCCGAGGACGCUGAGGUGUCCCCGAAUCCCCGGGAUCGGCUUUUCCGAGAGGUGUUCCCGAAUCCCCGGGAUCACCUUUCCCAGAGGUGUUCCCGAAUCGCUGGGAUCAGCUCGGAGGUGUCCCCAAACCACUCGGAGCUCUCCCCAGAUCCCCAGGAUCAGUUCCAAGCUCUCCCAGAUCCCCCGGAUCAGUUCCGAGCUCUCCCCAG